CUCAGGAGCUGCGAUGUUUUCAAAAGGCGGCGGUGAACGUCACACUGCCGUAGGCUACGGUUAACGUCCGAGUUUUUCCCCCUUUUAGAAGCGGGGCGGGUUGGGGUGGGAGGGGGGGACGAAUAACGGUUUCGAGUCGAGCCAGCCGCGGAUGUGUCGACGGCGGCCAACGUAAAAGGUACAUGAUGAACCCGCUGUGCCGGAGCUGUCUCAGCUAGUCGGAUGCCACACCAUGGCCAAACCUGGGAGCGACAAAGAUGGCGCCAUGGUGGAAAAGCAAGCGGGAAAGAAGUGCAAAGACAAGUUGUCCCCCUUCACCAAAACACCCAAGCUGGACCGGAGCGAGUUUCUGGGGAAGGAAGGAAAAGUCAAGUCUUCCAUGAAGCGCAAACUCUCCUUUACAAACAGUCCGACCCAGACGAUGGCGGAGGAGCGAGACACAGACACCGAUGAGUCAGACCCAGGCCAGUCCGCUGAGACCUGGGGUGAGAGAAUAGCGGCCUCCUGCCGGACAUACACAGAUAAGGAUGGUCCAGAUAAGAAGAAGGUGAAAAAGGAGGCCGGGGGCAAGAAGUCACAAGCCCCCAACCUUUUGUUUGGCUAUCCACUGUCUGAGCGCAAGCAGAUGGCUCUACUCAUGCAAAUGACUGCAAACAGUCCAGAUUCCACGCCAAGCCACCCCUCGCAGACCACACCAGUGCCCAAGAAGGUCCCCAGCAGCGCCUCGUCGCGGCAGAAGGACAAGGUUAACAAGCGGAACGAGCGUGGCGAGACCCCACUGCACAUGGCCGCCAUUAGGGGCGACGCCAAACAAGUCAAAGACCUCAUCAGCUUGGGAGCUGACGUCAAUGUCAAGGACUUUGCAGGUUGGACCCCGCUUCAUGAAGCUUGUAAUCUUGGCUACUACGAUGUGGCUAAAGUGUUAAUAGCAGCUGGUGCUGAGGUGAACACGCAGGGUCUGGAUGACGACACACCUCUCCAUGACGCGUCCAGCAGCGGACAUAAAGACAUUGUGAAGCUGCUGCUACGCCAUGGUGGAGAUGCCUUCCAGGCCAACAAGCGCGGCGAGCGGCCAGUGGACGUAGCUGACUCAGAGGAGCUGGAGCAGCUGUUGAAAGGAGAGGUAGCGCUCUCAGACCAAGAUGACAGUUCCUCAGACUCUGAGGAUCCACCAUCUGUCAACCCUUCCAGCAUGGAUGACAACAUGGACGACUCGGAUGCAGAGAAGGACUCCGAGGCUAAAGCGAAAAUGGCUUUGUGCAUGCCGGACCAGGACGAGUAUGAGUUCAAGGAUGAGGAAGAGGAGGAUGACCUGAGUAAAGCACUCAAUGACCGACACAUCCUGCGGCGAGACUUGCGGCAGAGGGAAAAAGAGGACAAGGAGCGCAACAAUGUGGCUGGGAAGCAGCGUGCUAAGCGGGAAGUUCUCUCCAAGUCCAAGAAGUCAAAGGUCCCUCGGGUACACUGCAGCUCUGAUGCGUCCAGCGACGAGCAGGAGAGCCUCCCCGACAAGCGGAGCUCGCCCACCUGUUCCCACAGUUCAGAGGGUAUCAAGGUCAAAAAGGACAGCGGCGAGCAGAAAGACAAGGGCAAAGUCAAGAGAAAGAACAAAAGCCAAAAUAAAAAUAAAGAAAACCAAGAGGAUGGGAAGGAGAACAGCAAGUCGCUCGUCCUCCAGCUGGCCACUGUGUCAGAGAGCACGGAGAAGAGCCGUGAGGAGGACUCCUUCAAGAUGUCCUUCAGCCCCAAAGACGACUCGUCUGUUCACCUCUUCCACUUGUCGGCCAUCAAGUCACCCAAACUCAACCACGGCCUGGCCGACAAGCACACGCCACUCAAGCAGGAGAAUAGCUCAUGUCCCACCGAUGCCAUCAAGUACAACCACUACUCAGACGCUGACUAUUCCACAGAGGGCUCCAGCACCAAGGCCCACAAGCACAAAGAGAAGAGCAAGCACCACCAGAGGGAUGGUGACCGCGAUGACUGCCGUGCCAGCCCAUGCAGAGACUCCACCGGCCCAGUCGGUUCCGAGGGCGCCAUGCGCAAGACAGACAUGGACAUCAAAGCGGCUAAGAAGCACAAAGUCAAACAUCGGGAGAAAGACAAACAUCGGAGAGAGUAUGAGACAGAGCGCAGCCGUCACAGGCAGAAGGACGCCAGGAGAGACGGCCACAGGAAUCUGGAGUUUGACAGAGAGUUCUGGAAGGAGAACUUCUUCAAAAGCGAUGAAACCGAUGACACGUCGCUUGUGAAAUGUGAAGCGGAGGAGCACUGCUCCCUCCAGAGGACGUCUGACGGCUCUCCUUUCAAGGAGGAGAAAAAUUCCAAGGAGAAACAUUUUAGCAGCAAAGACAAGCGGCACAGGGACGAGCGUGAUAAGGACAAGGCGGUGAAAAAAGAGCGUAGGGAGGAGAGGGUGAAAGAGCGCGACGACAGAGGCGAGUGCAGCGGGCGAAUUCCAGAUGCCGAACUGCCGCAGAGCAACAACAUCAAAGAGGAGGCGGACGAGGCGCCCAUAACUCUCGCAGCUGAUCAGGAACAUCUGGAGCCCACGCGCGAGAAAACAGACAAGCGGCUCCCAGGAAAAGAAAAGGAAAUGGAAAAAAUUGAGAAAAAGCAUCCGGACAAGGAAAAAAAGCUCAAGUCGGAGCACACAGACAGAGAACCGCAGAGUCAGUUGGAGCGCUGGAAGGAAAAAGAGCGAUCCGGAGCCACGUCCUGUCACUCGCAAGGUGAUAAAAACUACAAGGAGAGUGAUAAACCCAAGUCUCUAGCCACUGCAAAGAAGUAUGAAGACAGCCGAAAGAGUCGAGACAAACGCUCUGAGAGAGAUUAUGGCGUCAUGGAUCACAGAGAAAAGGAUCGCAUAAGUUCUGAUAAGAAGAAGCCUUUGGAGAAAUCCUCCGAUCACGGCAGAUCCGAUCGCUUCAAGGAGAAGGACUGUGACCGAAAAAGAAAAGAGAAGCUAAAAGAUGGAACUCUUUCCUCAAGUUCCAAUUUGAAAUUACUUUUGGAAGAGAAGAAGGCUUAUCUCUCCGACAGUGGCAAGUCCUCGUUCACGAAGUCUAAAGAGGAGGUGGGGAGGAUGCCAGAGAAAGAUCGGGACCGGAAGGAGAGAGACCGAGAUUCGGAAAGGCACAAAGACAAAGACCGACACAAGGAGCGCUACCAGCAGACCAAGCUCGGCAAAGUCAAGCCAAGUGAGAUGGAUGCCGAAAAGCCCAAGCCGAAAACCCCCACUGCUGGAACACGAGACGCCAGGCCCAAAGAAAAGCGCCUGGUCAAUGAUGACCUGAUGCAGACCAGUUUUGAGCGAAUGCUUAGUCUAAAGGACCAAGAGAUCGAGCAGUGGCACCGGAAGCACCUGGAGAAGAUAAAACAAAAGGAGCGGGAGAGGCUCAAACAGAGACCUUUGCCGGACCCUGGAAAACCCAGGCCAAAAGAGAGGACCAAGACGGAUGCCUGCUUGAGCAAAGAGCUCACACGCUCCAAAAGCUCUGAAGUUUCUGACACCCACGGCAGGGAGAAACCCUUGAAGGACGUCUCCAGUCUCAGGACUGUGUCCCUAGACGUAAAGAGCCUGCCCUCCAUCGGCAACAAGGUCAUGUCUGCGGUUGAGAACUGCCUGAGCAGAUCCCCGCGGCCCGAAGGGGAACACUGCAGCCUCAUGUCCAGGUCUGUGUCCCUGGUCUCAGUCGCUAGCUCAGAGGAUUCCUGUCAGACAGUGGCGAUGACCCCUAAGCAUGUGGAAUAUGACUCCGACAUGAACCCGGAGCCGGCUGACACGCAGCCCACGAUCUUGCAGUCUUCCCUCGUCAUCCAGGCCACCAGAUUGCCAUCUGUACUGGAUAAGGACUGCGUUGUUCUUCCGGUUGCGCAACGACAGACACUUCCUAGCAGACAUGAAUCUCCUUACCUCAGGGCCAUCCUGGACGAGGAUGCCAACGCGUCGACUGAAACCAGGUUGACUGACAGUCCACCAAAACCCAAUGCAGAGGUUCUGCGGACAAGGGAGACGUCAACAGAAAGAGAAGAGGUGAGCGUCGGUCAACAUUGUUCAACCACUGAUUCGGUCGCAGAGUAUAAAGAUAAUGAUGGCAGUUCCUCACCGAACAGAGAGCCUCCAAGUCUCACUCUGUGUGGUAGUCUGCCAAUAGAAGCCUCUGAUGCCACUGUCAUGAGGGACAUCCCCUGUCUAGACAGUCCAAAUUUGCAACUGGAAGCUACCAAGGCGGACUUUGACCCUCCAUCAGCAUCUCUGUCGACAGAAACGCCUGAUCUCACGGACCCUGAAAGGCUACAGCAAGAGACUCCUGUCCCUGCCGGACUGCCGGUGGACCCUCCUUCCGCCCAGCUUUUGGACCACAAGGAAAAACCGGCGAGUAUGGAUGCCACAGAACAUCAAUGUGCGGAAAAUUUCCCUGAGAGCAUCAAGGUGGAGGUGACGAAAAGUCCAAUGCCCUCCACGUGCAUUACUGAAUUUCUACCAAGCACAGAGUUUAAAUGUCUGCAUGAGAAUGUGGAUCCAAAACCUCCUGAUGUAGUCACCUGUGACACUACAACGGAGAUGUCGGACUAUGAUUCCAGCGCGAAUAAGGACCAAGACAUGUGCAAUGUCCAGCAGAAGCUUGAGAACCCUCCAAGUUCUUCACUUGAGGAGCAGCUGACUGUGGAGUUUCAGUCCGAGCCCAUGGAAGUGGACGCUUCGGACAGGAAACCUGAGUACUCGGCCGAAGACUCCUGUCUGGCUGCCAUGCAGCCGACGGGCCACAGCGACCUGAGCAGCAGCAGCAGCUGUAGCAGCACCAGCAGUAGCAGCAGCAGCAACAGCAGCACUAGUAGUAGUAGUAGCAGCAGCAAUAGCACCUCAAGCAGUUCUUCGCCCCAGUCUGGAGAACCAGAGUCAGACUGCUCUGGUGCCAAGCUCAAGCUCCGCUCAUCGGACGAGGAAGUGGACCUGCAAUUGCCUCACCCACGUAAAAGGAAGAUGCCUAAGCCAACCUCCUGCCAGGGAGGUCCGGUCCCACAACAGGACCUAGAGCGGGACAGCGAUGAACCCGUCCAGCAGCAGUCGCUCGCUGCCAUUGUGGCAUCUGUCAAGCUGGAGGAGAUCGAGCCCUACCAGACAGAACGCGCCAACCCUUAUUACGAGUUCCUGCACAUCCGGAGGAAGAUCGAGGAGAAGCGCAAAGUGCUGUGUAGUGUAGCGCCGCAGCCUCCACAGUAUUACGAUGAGUACGUCACCUUUAACGGCUCCUACCUCCUGGACGGGAACCCGCUCAGCAAGCUGUGUAUUCCCACGAUAACGCCGCCUCCUUCACUACCCGAACAACUGAAGGAGAUGUUCAAGCAGCAGGAGGUUGUUCGCAUGAAACUACGCCUGCAGCACAGUAUUGAGAGGGAGAAGCUGAUCGUGUCCAACGAACAGGAGGUCCUGCGCGUGCACUAUCGGGCGGCAAGGACACUGGCCAAUCAGACACUACCGUUUAGUGCCUGCACUGUGCUGCUGGACGCCGAAGUCUACAAUAUGCCCCAAGAUGUCCAGACCGACGACGGCAAAACGUCGGUGCGGGACCGAUUCAAUGCCAGGCAGUUCAUGUCUUGGCUGCAAGAUGUCGACGACAAGUUUGACAAGCUCAAGACGUGCCUGCUGAUGCGCCAGCAGCAUGAGGCGGCGGCACUGAAUGCCGUGCAGCGUCUGGAGUGGCAGCUCAAGCUCCAGGAGCUCGAGCCAGCCACCUACAAGUCCACCAGCAUCUUCGAGAUCUCCGAGUUCUACAUCCCACUGGUGGAGGUCAAUGACGACUUUGACCUCACGCCCAUAUGAGCCAAGCCUGCAAUGCCAUGCCCACGGCCCAAUGUGAAGCACUUAAAUGGGCACCGUGCUCGACUGGCGCGGCGUGGAGCACUUAGAACCCCCAUCCAGCCGGAUGCCGGUCCAGGAGACCCAAAGGCCUGAAUUGGCCAGCGCUUGAAGCCGCGGCGCCAAGUAGGACGCUGAACCCUCCAGCGCUAACCGUUGUCGCGUUAAGCAGGGUCACUUUCUCUCUCACUCUCUCUCUCUCCAUGUCUCUCUCUCUCUCUCUCUCUCUCUCUCUCUCUCUCUCUCUCUCUCUCUCUCUCUCUCUCUCUCUCUCUCUCUCUCUCUCUCUCUCUCUCUCUCUCUCUCUCUCACACAUAAAACGUCAAAGUUGAGUGUGGAUAUGUUUGUGUACAGAUUGUGCUCUUUUUUUAACUUAUUUUCUACAUACAAAACUUGUGUAUUUGUACAGAGCAAAAAAAAUUGUGUAAUUAUUGUUUAAAAGAGCGCUGUACAAAAACAAACCAACAAAAAAGAAGUACUAGAUAUUUUGAUUGUAAACAUCUCCUGUUUUAAUGGACCAAAGUGUUUGUUUUCGGUGUGUCCGUGAUGUCCUCAUGUGCUUUUUCACCAUCUUUUUGUGUGCGUGUGUAUUUUCCUGUGUCACAAUUUCACACUGUGCAUGCCUUCUUUCAAGUAUCCCUGAUUCUUUUUUUUUUCCUUCUUCCCUGUGUGUACUCGCCACCUCCUCGUGUGUGUUUGUGUGCGUGCCAUCCCGUGUGUGCAUUCGAGUCCAUGGAGGAGAGCGAGGGAGUUAAAAAAAAUGAACAGAACUUUGACGUGAGAUCACAACAAAAAGCUAUUUUUUCAACAUGCCUUUUGAUGAACGAUAGUUCUAAAAAAAUGUCUAUUUUAAUAUUUACUUGUUACAAGACCUGUACAUACUUGUAAUAUAUAAUUGAAUAAAUUUUAUUUGUUGUGAAACUAAAA